UUGUUUGUGAUAUUGUGAAUUUGUGAUUACUGAUUAGUAAAGAUUUCGAAUAUAAUUAGGAAUAAACCACUGCCGGUUUUAUAAAUUUUCGAUACAAAAGAAGUGAGUUAUUGCAAAUAUAAGAAAUUAAUAGUACAAAAUGGUGGAUUAUAGUAAAUGGAAAGAUAUAGAGAUUUCAGAUGACGAAGAUGAUACUCAUCCUAACAUUGAUACACCAUCCUUAUUUCGAUGGCGUCAUCAGGCGAGAGUUGAGAGAAUGGAAGAGCGUAAGCGGGAACAAGAUGAACACGAAAAGAAAAAGAAGGAGACAGUAAAGAAAUUAAAUGAAACUAAACAAAAACUUGAAAAGUUAGAAACUGAUAGUAACAAAGCUGCAGAUUUAUCAGAUUUAAAGAAAGCCCUUCAAGAUCUUGAGAAGGAGGAGAAGAAAAUAACUCAAGACGAGGAGGAAAUGAAAAAGAAGGAAAAAUUAACACCAUGGAAUGUUGAUACUAUUGGUCAAGAGGGUUUUGCCAAAACAGUUAUUAAUAAAAAAUUACCAAGAAAAGAUGAAGAGGCAUUGUUGAGCGAUGAGGAGAAAGAAAAAAGAAUGAGACAAUAUGUUAAGGAGAAUGAAAAGAAACUUAAAGAAUUUGGAAUGUUGAAAAAGUACGACGAUAGUAAACGAUUUUUACAGGAUAAUUUACAUCUUGUCUGUGAGAAUACGGCCAAUUAUUUGGUACUAUGGUGCAUAAACUUGGAAAUGGAGGAGAAACACGAUUUGAUGGAACACGUUGCACAUCAGUGCAUAUGCAUGCAGUAUAUUUUAGAAUUUUCCAAACAAUUGGAUGUGGAUCCAAGAGCUUGCGUUGGUUCAUUCUUCAGUCGUAUUCAAAUUGCCGAAGUUGAAUAUAAAACAUCGUUUGAUGACGAAUUGAGAUCCUUUAAGGAAAGAAUUCGAAAACGAGCAGCAGAAAAAGUUGCCGAAGCAAUUAAAGAAGCUGAAGAGGAAGAGAGAAAAGCACGUCUAGGACCUGGAGGUCUUGAUCCAGCAGAAGUCUUCGAAAGUCUUCCAGAGUCUUUAAAAAAAUGUUUCGAGUCACAGGAUAUACCUUUAUUGCAAGAAACAAUUGGAGCGAUGCCAGAAGAGGAGGCACGUUAUCAUAUGAAGCGAUGUAUUGACAGUGGUUUAUGGGUUCCUGAUGCAAAGGCAAAAGAAGAAAGUGCAGUCAAGGAGGAAAAGGAAGAAAAAAAAGUGCCAACAGACGACUGAAAACAAAAGAGGUGAUGUUGAAUAAUUUUUCCCCAAAAACAUAAUUUUAAUACAUUAUUACUUUAUAUAAACUAAAGUUACGAGAAAUAAUUCUCAGAAGAUAAUUUGAAUAAUUUUUCUAUUUACUCGAAUUCAUUUUAAUAAUUCAAAUUCUUUUAUUUCUUCAUGUGAAUUUCGUCUCUCGCCUCGUGAAUUUUUGACACAUAUAUAUUUAAAAAAUUACAAGUAAAUUUAAUGUUACUCUAAAAUAUUCAUAAUUAUUAAUCAAUUUCAAAUUAAAAACAUUAAAUGUUGAAAUUUAUUUUUGUCUUUGUCAGGUAUUUGUCAUGUAUAUAUAAUGAAUAAAUUGAUUUGUAAAUAA